GGAACCGCGGGCUGGGCUGGGCCGGGCGGCCGCCCCUGGGCCCGGCUUUGGCUUCCUGCGGGCCCUCGGGAUGCGCUGGAGCGGCUUCGGGGGAGCCGGAGCGGGGUCAGACCCGGGCGCGGCUCCGGGGGAGCAGGAGAGAGAUAAGCAUCUGAUAAAAAAAGAUGCUAGAAAGAGAAUUAUCUGUAUUGAGGGCAACAUUGCCAGUGGAAAAACAACAUGCCUGGAUUAUUUUGCACAAACUACCAGCAUUGAGGUUUUGAAGGAACCCUUGACCAAGUGGAGAAAUGUUCGAGGUCAUAAUAUCCUGGGCUUAAUGUACCAGGAUGCAUCCAGGUGGGGGAUAACUCUGCAGACCUAUGUCCAGCUGACCAUGCUGGAGCAGCACACUAGGCCCAUGAUUUCCCCCAUAAGGAUGAUGGAGCGGUCGAUUCACAGUGCAAAACACGUUUUUGUGGAAAACCUCUAUCGCAGUGGAAAAAUGCCAGAGGUGGAUUAUGCUGUCCUAAGUGAAUGGUUUGACUGGAUCCAGAACAACACUGAUGUUUCAGUUGAUUUGAUAGUUUAUUUGCAGACAUCUCCUAAAGUUUGUUAUGAGAGGCUAAAGACACGAUGCAGGGAAGAGGAAAAAGUCAUUCCUUUGGAAUAUUUAGAAGCUAUUCAUGAGCUCUACGAAGAGUGGCUUAUUAAACGUGCACUGUUUGAAGUUUCCUGCCCAGUACUUGUUAUUGGAGCUGACCAUGACAUGCAGAAAAUGGUAGAGAAGUAUGAAGAAAACCGGGACCAAAUACUGAACCCAGCUAACAGACAACGCUGUUUAUAGAAGCCUGUGACUGUUGUAUCAGAAAUCAUCUACUGAAGUCUGAGUUAGUAUUUUAAAUAUUUAAAUAUAAUGGGUAUUGUUUUUGUACUAUGCUUUGUAGAACACUGUGGAAAUGAUCAGAUACCAAUCAGGAACAGAAUGUGAACCAAUUCCCUUUGUGUUUUUAGGUUUUCCAUCAGCUUUACUGUGUCAGUUGUGUUCAACUAAAAUAUGGCUGUUUACUAAAAUAUGGCUAUUUACCUCAUUUCCCACUUCAUUGCUGCUUCCUAGAAGUGACUUUACUUUCUUCUUUUUUUUUUCCCCAAAGACAACCCUGUUUUUGUAAUUUGAAAUAAAUGGUUUAUUACAACA